UGUUGCACAACAACCAUUUAGCUAGGAUCAAUUUGGAAAGCUUUUUAAUUUAUUGACUAUUGCUUUUAGCUAAUCCCUCCCGAUCAUUUCUUUAUCCUCUUCCUUGGUGAUAUCUCUUCCUCAACUAUGUCGUGCCCGUGCCCACCAAAAAUGUCACUGGUUUUCCCAAUGAGCGAUGGCACCCCAGUGGUGACUGAGCUGGUACCUUGUGAGGAUUCACUCCCUUAUAUUUAUCUACUAUUGGAAUAUGCGGUUGAAAAUGGAGAUAUGGUUAUCGGGCUUGACACAGAGUGGUGCAUGAAAGAGAUCAAACUUGGAGUUUUCAGAACUGAAUACAGACCCCGCGUUGGCCUACUGAAGCUGUGCUCAGGAUUCGGUUGCGUGCUCAUUAGGCUUGAAAACUCUGCUUCUGACUCUCUAAAACGAUUUUUUGCUGUUAAAGAUAUCAUGUUUGCUGGGAUUCGAAUGAAAGAAGACUUACAAAACCUGAGAGAGGAAUAUGGGAUAAUAAUUCGAAACGCGGUGGAUCUCAGCGAAUUGUCUGCUAAAGUUCUUGGUCAGCCUCAGCUUAGUGCCUACGGUGUAAGGGAAUUGGCUAGUAAGGUUCUGUCCAUUGACAUUCCGCCAUCAAGGUCUUUACUGUCAAUAUGGGCGAUUAGGUCUGAUAGUUUUCCGAGUCUUGAGCAGGUUGAAUCUGCAGCUACUGAUGCUUAUGCUACAUACAAAGUUGGGAGAAGGCUGUUAGGCACUGAGAGUUGAUGCUUUCCUGCAAAAAGGAGUAGAUGUGGUGGCCCUUGUUUCCUUGAUUUACUUGAUCUCAUGCUUUACUUGUUGUCUUUAUUUGUGGACAACCGCAUCCUUCUACCUUUCGCUCUUUUUUUUUUCUUUUCUUUAAUAUAUGAAAAGCUAAUAAUGCAAAGGGCAGUUUCCUUAGAAAAAAAAAUGUACUCAAAAUCCCCAUUAUUUGUUAGGGACAUUCUCACAUUGGCAUGCAUGGAAAGUGCUUUGAUUUUUUUUGUACAUCUUUUUGACGAAUAUUUGUUUACAUUUUUAUAAACCAAUUUGGGGUUCAAAGAUUAGUUGCCCCCCACAUGGCUUUAUGCCUAAGCCACCACUUUCGUCAAUCAUUUCAUCAUUAGGGGGAAGAUGCUGUGAAGGCUAUAGUUUAUUAAGUAGGCUUGGCCUGAAUGAGUUUUGGACUAAGCAAAAGCUUAGUGGAUAUGGCCGUUGAGGGAAUGGGAAGUACUGAAGCUGACCUUGAGGAAGGGAUUGGGUUGUCUGGCCAACCUCGCCUUGUACCAGCCAUUGUACUAGGCCUAUUUGGGAAAAUUUUAGGCCAAGUAGUUGGG